CAUAUAACUUGAAAGUGGAAUAAGAAGAAACAAAAAGAAGUUAAGCUUUACUUCUUCUAUUCUUCCCAACUUUUAGACAAUUCCAAUUUUGUCAAAGUUCUUUUUGUUCAUUUCUCUCAUACAUAUAACAACUCUAAGCAAUCUCUUUAACUUUUAGCCUUUUUUCUUUGAGAUAAUGAAGCAAGUUCUUCUACUUUCUCUUUUGCUUUUAUCUACUUUGGUCUAUGAAGCACAAGCAAGGAAUAUUCCCAUGUUAAAGGAAAAUGGAUAUGUUGGAGAGGUCAAUAUUAUUUGCAAAGAUGACCAUUGUUCAUCAUCAGGAAGAAAUAGGAAACUUAUGACAAAAACAACCUCUACUUCUAGUCCAAUUACCACAACUACUUCAACAAAGAAUAUCAAGAAUGAAGGAAAUAAAGCUCAUUACACCACAAUUUUGAAAGGCCAAUCAAGUAGUGAAAAUUUCUCAAUCAAUUCAUCACCGGAAACCGGUCACCGGAAAACAUCCUCCGAUCACCACCCCGAUGUGCUAGACUUGGCCGGAAUGGAUUAUUCUCCGGCGAAGAGAAAACCUCCAAUUCACAACUAGGAGAAAAUAUU